AUGGCAGACGAGGCUAAGAGGCGGAGGACGGCAGCGAAGGGGUGGGCCACCCAGUCCAGCAAGGCGUUGGCAACACUGCUUGCUGAGCCUACGAUGACCAGACUGCAGCUGGAGGACGCCAUAGCUGACUUUGACCGGCGUCUUGCUGCCCUGGAUGAUGCUCAGUCUAUCGUGGAGCUGGAUAUCGACGAUCCUGAUAAGUUGGACGAGGACAUCGAUGCCGCUGACGCAUUUCGCCGGCAAAUAAGGUGUACCCGUGUGCAGGCUACCCAGAAGUUAGAGGACAUGAUGCACAAGGCUGAGCAAACAGGUGAGUCCACCGCCAGUGCCAGUGGCUCAGGUGAUUCAGUGCUCAAUAACAUUCGUUUGCCAAGGAUCGAGCUGCCGAAAUUUAGUGGUGAUGUACUUGAAUGGCAGUCUUUUUGGGAGCAGUUCGAGGCACUAGUGGGUGUGACUAACAUUCCUGACGUUAGCAAAUACGGUUACCUGCAAUCGUCGCUAGUGGGUGAAGCAAAGCGAGUGAUUCAGGGGUUAACGCUUACUGCUGCUAACUACCAUACUGCUUGUUCUGUGCUUAAGGAGCGGUUUGGUAAGCCUGAGCGGAUUAUAUUUGCUCAUAUUCAGGCACUUCUCAAUAUUAAUUUGAAUACUUCCACAUCUCGCUACAUCGCCUCCCUUUGGAAAUUGCAGGACCAACUAAACACUCAUGUACGCAUUUUGGAGGCCUUAGGAGUCGAAGGUGAUCGUUAUGGGGUGGUACUUACGCCUUACCCAGGGGGCCAAAUGACCAAAUUUUGGUAA